UGCUUGCUGACACAAAUUGGUGGUUCGCUUUGUUAAAUCGUUUACGCUUUUCUACUCAUAUUUUCGUUAUUUUUCUAUGCGUUAUUUUUUUAAUAUUAGCUUUUAUUGUUAUUUGCGGUUGUGUUCAGUUAGAUUUUAGUCGUACACGCUGUCGGACGGGGGAAAAACGAGCUAAUGGAAUUGGUUAAUUCGUAUUGUACGUGUGUUAAGCGUGUGGAUAGCAAGAUCACCAAUGUUUGACGCAAAACAAAAGCAAUAUUACCUAUAAUUAUACCAAAAACAAUGGCAAAAAUGAAAGUAAAGCAGUUUACUCUCGUGCGAUUUUGUGCUUAACAUUAGCAUUCGUGUAUAAUAGUAAUAACUUCGAUGCAAAAACAAAAAUUGCCACAUAGUAAACUGCCUCAGUUUGAAAAGAGCGUUUUUUCACUCCAUUGAAAUGUGAUAUUACAAUUAAAAUUGAAAUAUAAAAGAAAGAAGAAAACGAUUAUUGAGAAUAGAGAAAGUGUUUGUGUUCUAUUAUCUGCAUUAACGCAUUUCAGAGCGGGUCCACUCAGCGUAUGCGCACACAUUCAUAUGUGGUGUGUAUAUAAACGCUCUACUUGUGUAUUUAUCAAUUUAAUUGUUACAAUAAACACAACGAGAACAUCAAUCUAACUACACGUUAUGCGCAUGUGCUUGCCACUUUUGACAUUAUUGCCAACAACAACAUGACAGACUCUGAACCAGUCAGUCUGGAAUUCAUUGAAGAUCCAUAUAUACCGAAAUUGGAUAAUAUCAUUACACCAUCAUUAGAUGAACCUAACGAAUUGGAUGAACAAUUAUCCGACUUGGCCGAUUGGACCAAUGAGACUGAACAGUAUUUAAGAAAUUUAACAUUAGAUCAAAUUUUCUACGAUGUAGAUUCAGAUUAUACAAAUACGCUCGAACUUCAGGCUGUUGAAACAGAAUUUAUAGCAACCAAAUUGGCAAAUCAAGUGCCUUCAUCAUCGAUAGCGAAACGUUUCCGCUUACGUUUCUUUACAAAACGUACAAUGCGUGAAGUUAAAGUAACGUUUAUUGAUUUCUCUAAGCCGUAUCUAGCGAAGAUUUCGAGUAGCGAGAAUUAUAAGAAAUUCUUAAAUAUUGGCUCUUCAUCGUCAUCAGCAAUGCCAACACAAACCAAAAUUAAUAACAACACCAAAGUUUAUACUACUUCAAAGGUGUCGGAGCCAGCAUCUCCAGUUGCAUCUGUCGCCUCUGCAGAUAUCGCUGCCGAGUUUGCCGCGCUCACCGUUGAGGAACAAGAGAGACAACGCGCCGAAUGGAGUCAAGAGCUUUCUCGCGUCGAAGAGGAAAUAAAUACUUUGCGUACAGUAUUGGCAUCAAAAACACGACAUGCUUCAGAUUUGAAGCGCAAAUUGGGCAUUACCAUGUGGAAGGAGAUUACAGAUGAUGUGAAUCAAGGCUUUAAGAAUGUUAAAGAGAGUUCAGUUUUUCAAAGCGUUGAACAGGGUGUGGGUAAUCUAACGAAGGCCGUACAUGAUGCCCCAAUUUUCCAACGAACCGAAUCGGUGUUUAAGUCAACAUCGGAAAAGACUGCAUCGGUAUUUGGUAGCAUAACCAGCGGCAUAACCUCGAAAUUCUCACAAAUGAAAAAUUCCGAAUCGAUGCGUUCGAUCGAAGAGAAGGUUGGCUCGGCCUAUGAGAAUGUUAAAAGUUUAGUCCGUGCACCGCACGAGACAGAGUUAAAACUUUUGCCAUCAGGAAAAUGGUAAUAUUCGAGAAGAAAAAUACACACAGUUAUAUUUGAAAAUUUGUAGGCGUCUCUCUAAGCCAUGCUCAAGGUGAAUUGCGUGCGGUAGCAGCAUUUUUUAUUAAAUUUUUAUUUCAUACAAAAAAUCAAACUAAUUGAUCUAAUUAUUAUAUUCCACUUUAAACAUACAAUAAUAUUGUUAAGUGUAUUUUUGCUAAAUUAAUAAUUAAGUAAAAAAAUAAUAAUAAAUAAAUAAAUCGAAACAAUCCAAUAGAUCGUACAUGUAACUCACAUACAUACAAACAAACAAAUGCAUAUGCUCAUGCACGAAUAAUAUUAGUUUGUGUUUAUAUAUGUAUGUAUAUACAUGUUUUUUAUUCUAGUUUUUUCGCUUAUCAAAUGGAAAAUAUUAAUAAAUAUAUGUAAAUGUAUUGAAAGAUGAAUUUUGAGCGCCUCCUUCAUCGAAAUGCCUUUACAAAUUCAAUGUUGGACGAGACAACAAGUGAUGAAUGAUUCAAUAAACGACAAAAUUCUACUCUUUAUUAAAA